UAUUUUUAAAAAUAAAUAGAUUUCUUAUAUAUAUAUAUAUAUAUAUAUAUAUAUAUAUAUAUAUAUAUAUAUAUAUAUCUCAAAAUUUUCAGAUAAUAAGUUUUAUUUUAUAUAUUUUACAAACCAAUAAUAAAUUGACAUGUAAAUUAGAAAUGAAAAUAAAUUGAUAAAUAAUUAAUUCAAUUAUUUUUUUUAUUUUUUAUUUUUUUAUGUUUUCUUGUGAGCGAGCCACCAUCCAGCUAUUCCAAUUUGACAAUUUUGUCAUCCGGAACUUUCUUUAAAUAACCAGACAAACAAAUGGAUGGAGGAUAAAAUGACAACCACCAGAGAUGAGCAGAAGCAUUUUGUUCUGGUACACGGAGCAUGCCAUGGAGCAUGGUGUUGGUUCAAACUCAAACCUCUUCUUGAAGCUGCCGGCCACCGCGUCUCCGCCUUUGAUCUCUCAGCCUCCGGCACAAACACCAAAGUAAUACAAGACGUGGCUACACUUGCUGAUUAUAGUAUGCCGUUGCUGGAAUUCAUGGCCACCAUUCCGCCGGAGAAGAAGGUGGUGGUCGUCGGCCAUAGCUUUGGUGGUAUGUCCUUGGCUCUCGCCAUGGAGAAGUUCCCGGAAAAGAUCUCUAUUGCAGUCUUCCUCACUGCUUUCAUGCCGGAUACUGUACAUACGUCUUCCUAUGUUUUAGACCAGUAUAACAAAAGUGCACCACUAGAAGCUUGGUUGGACACACAAUUAUUGCCAUACAAUGAUGAAAAUGAGUCUGAAACAUCGAUGCUUUUUGGUCCCGAGUUUCUAUCAUUGAAACUCUAUCAACUUUGCACCAAUGAGGAUCGUGAAUUAGGAAAAAUAUUGAUAAGGCCUGGAUCUUUAUUUCUAAAAGACCUAGCCACAGCAAAACAUUUUACAAAAGGAAGGUUUGGUUCUGUAAAACGAGCUUUUAUCAUUUGUGAUGAAGAUAUAACGAUCAAAGAAGAAUUUCAACGUUGGAUGAUCGAAAACAAUCCAGUGGUUGAGGUGAAAGAGUUGAAUGGUGUGGAUCAUAUGCCGAUGUUGUGCGACCCGAAGCAACUUAGUGUUUGCCUCCUUGGUAUAUCACAUGAAUAUGCAUAGUCAUGUUGUUCAUUUAUAAAUAAUUUUCCGAAAAUGAAAUAUGUAUGUGAUUUUGAUUGCAAAUAACGUUUAAUGAUAACGUAUUAUCGCUUUUGUGUGGCAAGGCCAUGUUGAAAUUUAGGAAGUUUUGACAUAUUAUUUAAGGACUUUGAAGCACUUGAAAACAAUAGGACAUUGUGAAGCACCCCUCAUAUUAG